AUGAUGCCCGAGCAAAGCAAUGAUUAUCGAAUCGUUGUUCUUGGAUCGGCUGGUGUUGGUAAAACAAGUUGUGUGUUACGUUUUGUGAAAGGACAAUUUAGAGAUAGUUAUAUUCCAACAGUUGAAGAUACAUAUCGUCAAGUUGUCAACUGUAAUAAACAAAUAACAACAUUACAAAUAACUGAUACAACAGGUACCCAUUCAUUUCCUGCUAUGCAACGUUUAUCAAUUCAAAAAGGUCAUGCAUUUAUGCUCCUUUAUUCUAUCACAUCGAAACAAACAUUAGAAGAUUUAAAACCAAUUUAUCAACAAAUUCGUGAAAUAAAAGGUGAACAAAGUCAAUCACCUCAAGAUGUACCAAUUAUGUUAAUUGGCUGUAAAUCUGAUGAUACAGCAUGUCGUGAAGUAUCAGAAAAUAUUGGAAAAUUUUUAGCUCAACAUUGGCAAUGUGCAUUCAUUGAAACAUCAGCAAAACAAAAUUCAAAUAUUCGAGAAGCAUUUCAAGAACUUUUAAAAUUAGAUAAAAAACGACAAUUUAAUUUUAAUGUUGAUCAAGAUGGACAUAUUAUUGAAACAACAGCAACUAACAAUGAUAAUUCAUCAAUAUCACCGGUGAAAACUACUGGCGGUGGUGGUGCUAUUAGUAAUACUAGUACAACAACAUCAUCACGUAGUCCAAGUGUAACAGAAGCAUCGGGUACAACUCGACCAACAACGCCCAUACUAAAUAAUAGAACUAUUAACGUCAAUAAAAAAAUUUCACAUACACCUGAUAAUAUUACUGAUGAAUUAGCACGAAAAAAAUCGGCAAAAAAAGUAUUAUCUAUAUCAUCGACAAAUACAUCAAAACGGAAAUGUUCAAUUAUGUAA